CUGAACAGGUUGGAUUGACCGGGUCAGCUGAUCAAACUCACGCUUAUUCCUCACUAGCUGUAUCAGUCUGUUCGAUGACUUCACCGCGUAAAGCUCUCUAACAUAAAUACUCAAAAAUACGAUAAAUAUCUUUAAAACUGGCAUGGCAGGCGUAAACUCAGCGAAUAGGAAACUUUAGAAUUCCGCUGAGAGUACAAAAACGCUUCUCUUCGGUGAUACCAAAGUCAACCCAUUCUAACUAUUAUGUAUGGAACGGAUUGCAGAAGACAGUUCUUUGAUUAAGUUAAGAUGGAUAUCGUUUCACUGGGUUGGAUCGGAUUAAUAUUUCUCUGGAUACCUUCUCCUGUAUGCGCAGGACGUUUUAUUCCGGUGGCCCGGACAAAUGAAACCUCAGAUGGACCAGAAUCCCGUUUAGCUGUGUUGAGACGAAUCAAAGAUGUUCUGAAACGACGGCUGUUAAACCCGGAGAACAUAAGCUCUGAAGACUCUCUUGAAGGACUAGAGGAGAGCCUGGGUAGGCUGGGGAUCAAAAUUCCUCAAGAAUUGAAGGACAAAGAACCCCCAGAUAAGGGAUCUUCAGAUCCUGGUUUUCCGGUAGAAAUCGAUCCAGGAGUAGCUCAAGUACCUCGUCACAGUCGAAAUCGUGGACCCCUUCUCGAAGGACCUCCACAUCUUGAAGGAGAGGAUGAUCAACUCCAAGAUCUUCUGAUGAAGAUAAGACAGGAUUCUAACUUAAAACACAAGAAGAAAAUUAUCCGAGAGCACGGUCUCCAUCCUCAAGAGAGGUUGGAUAAACAGUGGAAGGAGUUCAGGAGGUGGAGGAGGAAGAGGAAAAGGAGAAGAAAGCUGAGAAGAAGAGUUCUUGGAGAUGUAUUAAAGGAACUAGGUUUAGGCAGGAAACAUGGAAAUUCUGAUCUAAUUGAAACCUUAAAUACUGAAUAGAUGAUCAUCUUACAGAGACGAUCAUCCAACUAUAAAAUUACAUAUGCAUAGUCUUACAUCACGAGAGGGGAGGGGGGGGGGGAGGAUAAUGCGGGCAUGAGCCCCACCAACUCCUGUCCAAAUUCCCUGUCCAGCCGCUGCAUUACUCUGUUCGAGUCCAGCUAAAGACUGUAAAAAUAAACCCUUGAAGAUAGUUUACUUAAAAAAUAAUAAAUUUCAAAAAUGAAAACAGAAGAUGGCGGGGCUCAUUGUCGCAUCACCCCCCCCCUCACAGAUGGCUUUAAACUGAGUUUUUGUCAUAAACUUGAAUUUUAUAAUCCCUUUA